AUGUAUAAUGUCAAAAGUGAUUUUACCGAAGUGUUGACUCCACCGCUUGACAAAGUAAGAAAACGCGUCCUUCAAAAUGACUCACCGUCUUUCAUGAGCACAGAUUCUUCUGUGCACACUCCUACAGAUGAAUCCAUACCUACCGAAGGCACAAAAGAAGAGGGAGGAAAGAUUAUCGAGAACGAGAAAGAAAAUCUCAAAGUUUUAAAGGAAAAGGCAGUUGCUGAUUAUGAUGCGCUUGUUGACAAACAACGCGUUCAACGUCUGAAAUUCUUGCUAGAAAAAUCAUCUAUGUAUGCACAAUUCCUGGCCACCAAAAUGGAGCGACAGCAACAAGAACAACGCGAACGCGCUCAAGCUGAAGAAACGAGACGCGCACAUGCUAGAGAAAAGGAGGAGAAAAUUGCUGUAGGACCAACUCGCAGAUCAUCGAGGGUUAAUGUAAAGUCAAUCAACACUGAGCCGCCUGUUCGACAAGUAGCUGCCAAAAAGAAGAGUGGCGCAGUUAAGAAGAGAAAGGCCAACGACGCGGAUUAUAUAAUCUCGGAUUAUUUGGAGGAUCUUAACAAGAGGCGCAAAAGUUCGGAUUCCUCCUCAACUCCAGUAAAAAAGGAUGAGAUUGCAGUUAAUGUUGAUGAAGAGCCACCCAAUCCUGUUGCCGAUGGUGAUGACAGUUUACCAAAGCCAAAUCUGAACAUCCCUGCUCGUCAACCGGGGCUAGUUACAGGGGGUGUACUUCGUGAAUAUCAGUUAACGGGCGUAGAAUGGUUGGUCAGUUUAUACGACAAUGGGUUAAAUGGCAUUCUAGCCGAUGAGAUGGGUCUAGGAAAGACCUUGCAAACAAUUGCAUUCCUUGCCUACCUGUGGGAACGCGAAAUAUACGGUCCAUUCUUAAUUGUUGCACCACUUUCAACCUUGGCGAAUUGGAUUAGUGAAAUCCAUAGGUUUACCCCGACAAUACCAUGUGUAUUAUAUCAUGGCACACCCGAACAACGAUCACAUAUCAGAAGUCGAAGAUUGAAAAAGUUGGAUCAUACUUUUCCCAUUGUAGUAACAAGUUAUGAGAUUGUGAUGAACGAUCGCAAAUAUCUACAAAAAUUCGCUUGGAAGUACAUUAUAGUCGAUGAAGGUCAUCGCAUCAAAAAUUUGAAUUGCAAAUUAAUCCGAGAACUAAAAAGUUAUCAAUCCGCAAACCGUUUGCUCUUAACUGGAACUCCGCUUCAGAAUAAUCUUGCGGAAUUGUGGAGUUUACUGAAUUUUCUUUUGCCUGACAUCUUUGAUGACUUGGACAGUUUUCAAGAUUGGUUUGAUUUUUCCGCUCUUCAUGAACAAGGCGGGGAGAAUCGUAUUUUAGCCAAAGAACAAUCAAAUGAGGUCAUCACUAAUUUACAUAAGAUUUUGAGGCCAUUCUUGUUACGUCGUUUGAAAAGUGAUGUCGAGUAUGAUCUUCCAAAGAAAAAGGAAUAUUUGCUAUAUGCACCGUUGACUAGACAGCAAAAGGAAAUAUAUGAUGCCAUCUUGUCUCGCAAGAUUCGUCCUUUCUUACUCGCCAAAAGGCUUAACCGAGAAAAUGAAAAUAUAUCGGAUGACAUGGAAAAUAAAGCAGAAAGUGGUGAUACAAAUCAAGAUGACGAUAGCGUUGAUCGUAAAAAGCGAUUACGAGAUCAGCCGAGGAAGGAGUACAAAGAGAUCUCUGACUCCAAGUUUUUUGAAUCCUUGGAGGUGAAAGAAGAACUCGAAGUAGACGAGAAAUUGACUUUAGAAAAUGCCACCAAAGCAGAAAAGGAAGAAAAGGCCAAGAAAGCAGCUAGAUCGGUUAAUUCCAUGAAUUUACAAAACGCUAUGAUGCAACUUCGCAAAGUCUGCAAUCAUCCUUACUUAUUCGAUUGGCCCGUUGACACAUCUACCGACAUGCCUGUAAUUUCGAAUGAUUUGAUCGCUACUUCGGGAAAGAUGAUGCUCUUGGAAAAAUUACUUGGCGCGCUGUUCGAGCGCAAUCAUAAAGUUUUAAUAUUUUCGCAGUUUACCACGAUGCUUGACAUCAUUGAGGAUUGGGCCACAAUUUUUAAAGGUUGGAAAGUAUGCAGAAUUGAUGGUGGCGUGGGUCAAGAAGUUAGGCGACAACAGAUUCAAGAUUUCAACACGAAUCCCGAAAUAAGGCUUUUCAUUCUGUCCACACGAGCUGGUGGCUUAGGUAUUAAUUUGACCGGAGCGGAUACCGUCAUCAUUUAUGAUAGCGAUUGGAAUCCUCAAAUGGAUUUGCAAGCUCAGGACCGAGUCCAUCGUAUUGGCCAAACAAAGCCCGUGAUAAUCUAUCGACUAGUCACUGGCAAUACGAUAGAGGGUAAAUUAAUAGAGAAGGCUACUGCCAAGAGAAAGUUGGAGAAAUUGGUUAUUCACAAAGGUAAAUUUAAGUUGCCCACCUCUCGAGAAAUGCCAAUCGCGAGUUUGGCAGAACUAGCCGAGAUACUGGCAUCCGAAGAUACCGAAAAAGUGCAGAUGGCCCAGCAUGGCGAUGAGAUAAUUCCCGAGGCUGAUUUGGUGCGACUUAUGGAUAGAAGUGAGGAGGCCUUUGCGACAGUUGGUACUGCGGCUGCUCAAGAAGAAAAGGGUGCAAUUUUCAAAGUUGUUUCUGACGCCAGAGAUCAAAAGAACGAUGCACUUGCCCACAUUGGUGCGGAUGAAGGAAUUAACAAGAUGGAAUUAGAUGAUUAA